CACGACUACGCAUGCGCGGCGCGCUGGCAACGCCACUGUCAGCCUCUCAGGCACCCAGGUAGUUGCGGCUCUCUUCACUGCAGACAUCCUACUCGUUGGUGUGACGUUAUUUCUCGAUCUCCCUGCGUCCAGAAUACCUCAAUCAUCACCAGUCAAAAUGGCAGAGAAGGACCUGUACAUUGCUGCCCUUGAGAAGAAGCUGGCUGAGUUGUCUGGUAUUGAAGUUGAUCAGAUCAAGAAAAACCAGCUAGCCAAUGCUUCAAGUGAGGCACGUUCCAUCCGUGAGAUGGCCGAGUAUGUGGAGGGCAUCCAGGUGAAGCAAGCUGGACAGGUUAUUACUGGUCAGGUGAAUCCUCAGGUGGCUGCCAUGUUUGCCCACAUCAAGGCUGAACUUGGUGAGGAGCGUGGAGCACAUUCCCUGCCACCUUUGAAAUAUGAUUACAGUGCCCUGGAACCACAUAUUUGUACCACCAUCAUGCAGAUCCAUCACACCAAGCACCAUCAAGGAUACAUCAACAACCUGAAGGCAGCUGUAGAAAAGCUUGCAGAAGCAGAGAAGGCUAAUGAUAUAGCUGCCAUAAAUGCACUUUUUCCGGCUAUGAAGUUCAAUGGAGGUGGUCAUUUAAACCAUACCAUCUUCUGGACCAACAUGGCACCUGAAGCUGGAGGAGAACCCACAGGAGACAUUGCUGAGGCCAUCAACAAGGAUUUUGGCUCAUUCCAGUCCUUCAAGGAAAAGUUCUCAGGUGUCAGUGUUGCUGUGAAAGGAUCCGGUUGGGGUUGGCUUGGCUACUGCCCAAAGGAUGACAAGCUUGCUAUUGCCUCGUGCCAGAAUCAGGACCCCCUGCAGCUUACCCAUG